UCGUUUUCGUUUUCGUUUUCGUUUUCGUUUUCGUUUUCGUUAUCUCUCUGUACAUAUCUCUUUCUCUCUUUCCUAUUAUUACAUAGAUAUGUAUAUCUAUUCUUUUUUUCAAUCAUCACUGUCAUCGUCCAUUGUUCUUAUUUAAGCAAGAUACGCCGACCUUUCGAUUUCAAUCCUUUGUCGGAAAUAAACAUAUAAAGCAGCGCACUCUUGUUUGGAAUAUCGCGGGAGUUCUAAGAACGAGUCGAUAAAUCAUUCGUCGAUCAGUUCACUUAGAAACAUUGCUCGAGCAUUGAGAUAUGUAUCUCUGUUUCUACUACAAUCGUGCUUUUUUUUUCCCUUCUUUCUUAAUGCAUUUCGAUUUUAAAACAGUUUCACCCGCUUCCUCGAGUAGUCUUGUAAAAAGUAGGUUAAACGUCGACGAGUAAAUUUCUCUUGAUACAAGUGUUUCAAAUGUAGACAUUUUAUGUUUAUGUUUUAUGUUUAAAUUAUGAAGGUGUGUUGUUACUGCAAUCGACCAAUCGCAGAAAGACGCGAUAAUUGCGCCAUGACGACCUUCGCUGAAGACAAAAUGAGGAGGAAACUUAGAUUCUUUUUCAUGAAUCCCAUCGAGAAAUGGCAAGCCAAACGAAGAUUCCCGUAUAAGUUCGUCGUGCAAGUCAUCAAAAUAGUUUUGGUCACCGUACAACUUUGCCUGUUUGCUCAUAACAAUUAUAUACACGUCAAUUACACGUGGGACAACCGUAUUACAUUUUCACAUCUCUUUCUACGUGGAUGGGACACCACGCAAGAGGUACCUGCCUACCCUCCUGCGACCGGUCCAUUAGCUCUCUACAAAAAGGAUGAAUUUUUCGACACCAUCGAUUAUGCUUUAAAUGGCUACUAUAAUCUUAAUAAUUCCAUUGGUUCGUAUUCUUACAACGCUGAAGAUAAUACCGCAGGAUCUGUGGAAUUAUGUUUAUACUCGUACAAAGAAAGCACUAUAUUCGGCUUCAACGAAAGUUAUGUCUUCGAUAAAGAGAUUAUAAAAACCUGCGUGAACAUAACUAGGCAAUAUCAUGACAAUUUCAAUAAUUCGAGAAAUCUAUUGUCUAUGCAAAAUGUUAUUGUAAAUUUCUCUGCUUUGGUAAGAGCAUAUUUGAAGUUUGCCGUUAAAACUGUUAAUCUAAGAGCUGCUGGCCCAAUGACACCACCGGAUUGUUAUCAGUUCGAUAUUAAAAUAAUCUUUGAUAAUCGUGAUCAAGACGGACAAAUGUUAUUAUCAUUGGAUACUGAACCGCAAAGAUUAUAUUGCAAGGGUGACACUCGAUAUAUCAUGGACAAUCAAAUCGAAUCUGCUUUGAGAACAUUAUUAAAUUUACUCGUCAUAUUUAUCUGUACUAUUUCCCUUGCAUUAUGCUCAAGGGCUAUUUUCAGAGCACAAUUACUUAAAUCCGAGACAAUAAAUUUUUUCAAAAAGACAUACGGAAAAUCAUUGAGUUUCGAAGGUAGAUUGGAAUUUUUGAAUCUUUGGUACAUAAUGAUAAUAAUAAACGAUCUUCUAAUCAUCAUCGGUUCUGCCGUGAAAGAACAAAUAGAAAGAAAAUAUUUUGGUAGCGAUCAUUGGAACGUAUGUAGUAUAUUUCUAGGUACGGGGAAUUUACUAGUAUGGUUUGGCGUGUUACGAUACCUCGGCUUUUUCAAAACUUAUAACGUCGUCAUUUUAACGUUAAAAAAGGCUGCACCUAAAGUAGCUAGGUUUCUUAUAUGCGCUAUAUUGAUAUAUGCCGGGUUUACUUUCUGUGGCUGGUUAAUUUUAGGCCCGUAUCAUAUGAAAUUUAGAUCACUUGCUACGACUUCCGAAUGUCUAUUUGCUCUUAUUAACGGUGAUGAUAUGUUUGCCACCUUUUCAAUAACGUCUUUCAAAUCACCGAUGCUUUGGUGGUACUCGAGGAUUUAUUUAUAUACGUUUAUUUCUUUGUAUAUUUAUGUCGUUUUAAGUUUAUUUAUUUCUGUGAUAAUGGACGCCUAUGAUACGAUAAAGACCUAUUAUCGAGAUGGCUUUCCAAAAAAUGACCUGCAAACAUUCAUAUCCGCUUGCACGGAUGAUGCAUCGAGCGGCCUGUUCAGAGAUGAAUGUGAUAAAAAUGAUAUUACAGAGCUUAUAGAUAGGUUUUGUUGUUGUCGAAAAAGAUCCUCUUACGGAUCUUUCUCUGGAUCAACCACAGAUACCUCUACAAAAACCGAACAAGUAUAUGGAGCAGCCAUCUGUAUAUAGUUUCUUAAGGGAUCAUUUUCCCCGCACAAAUUAUGGCUCCAAUGCUACGUCAUUAUUGUAAUGAAUAUUUAGAAAGAAUUAGAGUUUCUUUUUAGAAUAAAAGAAAAGGAAAGUGUGUAAAUUCUUGUGCAUUUAUCGAUGCUAGAUGAUUUAUUCAUAGGUGUAUUCAAUGGUGCUAGCAUUAUGUAAGAUCUUUAAUUACCACAACGGAGUAGUAAAAAGAAUUAGAACAUUUUGUUUCUGAUAAAAUUAUACUUUUCUCUUUUUUUUUUUUCUUGUUUUAAUUAUAUCUUACAUCAUUUAUUACAGUUUUUAUUCAAGGAAGAAUAGAUAGAAGAUCUUCUCUUGUAUACGAUAUAGUUGUAUUAGAAAGAUUUAUCUUUCUCAAAAAAAAAAAACUAUGCCAUAUUUUUAUGAUGAUGUUUAAUAGGAGAAUUAACGUUUUCACGAUAACGUAUUGUAUUUUUAACUGCUGUGACUAACUGCCACGAUAAUUUCCGAUUCAAGCCGUUAUAAGUUUUUUAAUAAUAAUGAAAUUCUAAAUUCAAGUAAUUAUUUACUUGAAUUCAUUUGCCAUUACCUUCGAUCAAGUACGAUCAUAAAAAAUAUUAAGAUCAAUAAUUUCGAGAAUGACAAUAAUAUAUGAUUAGAAAAAAAAAAAACUGUAAUUUAUAAGAAAACAUUCGAUCGAUCUAUUGAGACAUGAUGAAUGUAUAAAAGAAAAAGUUUAGACUAUAUAUACAAAAAAAGAAAACGAAAAAAGAAAAUGAAGCAGCUUUAUUUUAUAUUCUAUGUUGUGUUAAAUAAUAUAUUAAAAGUAAGAUAUUGGCUUUCUUUACUUUCAUAUUGUGAAUCUGUAUACAAUAGAUAUAAUAUAAGAGUUUGAAAUAGAAUUUAUUGAAUAGGAGUGUAUUAUAAACAAAUGUACAAUUUAUUAGCAUUUUAAAUUGUUUUAAGAUAAAGUCAAUAAUAACGAAUAAUACUGUUUAACGUCACAUUAAUCUAAAAAGAAAUUAAAAAAAAAACAUUAGAAUCAGAUGUAAAUAGAUAUAAACAAACAAAAAAAUUAAGCGUGUAAUUAAGUAAUUAUCCGUAUAUGAAAGUAUUUAAGCUAUAUACUUCAUAAAGAUAUAGUAGCUAUAUGAUUUAUAUGAAACUGUAUAUCACAAUUCAAGCCGAAGUAUAAUAGUCCAAAGAAAUAUAUUUAUAUAUUUACAUUAAAAUAAAACGUAUUAGAUUUC